AUGGAGAGCUCCAUGUUUAUAAAUACUUAUCCGAAAAACUGUAAUCACUUUCGGAAAACCAAACCGAAAGCAUUAUAUCUCAUAAACUCCAUUAUUGAGUCUGACACAAUUUCGAUACAAUUAGAUAACCAUUUUAACUAUUUGAACUCUUCCAGUUUUAUUUUCACUGACACUUAUUUCACUAUUAUUUUUUCUCAACAGAUCAUUCUAUAUCAACCCUACGGCAAAUCGGUAGAUUGGUGGGCUUAUGGCGUUUUGCUCUACGAAAUGCUCGUCGGCCAGCCGCCGUUCGAUGGUGAGGAUGAAGAAGAGUUGUUUGCUGCCAUUACCGAUCACAAUGCCUCCUAUCCGAAGAGUUUGAGCAAGGAGGCCAAAGAGGCGUGCAAAGGGUUCCUCACCAAGCAACCGAAUAAACGUCUCGGUUGCGGGCCCACCGGCGAGGCGGAUGUGCGUAUACAUCCGUUCUUUCGACGAAUCGAUUGGGAGAAAAUCGAGAAUCGUGAAGUGCAACCGCCAUUUAAGCCGAAAAUUAAACAUCGCAAAGAUGUCUCGAAUUUCGAUAAGCAAUUCACUUCGGAGAAAACGGAUCUGACACCAACGGAUAAAGUAUUUAUGAUGAAUUUGGAUCAAACCGAGUUUGUGGGCUUCUCCUACGUAAAUCCGGACUAUGCGGUGCCCGUUUAAAGAUACUGAAACUCCGCACACAAACACACACAAACACAGACUCAAAGGCACUGCAUUCAGACAGACACACAGUGCGUAGGAAUUGAAACGAUAGUACAACGGAAAAAUAGAAAGAAAGAAAAAGCUUGGGAGAG